CCUUUUUUUAGCGGACAAAAGCAGUAGAAUCUCAGCUGCUUGUCUCUCUCUGAGUCUCUCUUUCUCUCCUUCCUUCAUGUGCGAAUGACCACUCACCGGGCGAAGGAUUCACUCACUCAGACACUCUCAGCACCUUCUAUCUGCUUAUGGGGUUGGAUACAGAGUUACAAUUUCAAAAGUAUUGCAGAGUAGGUUGGAAUCCUAGUAACGUUCGUCAUUUUCAUUGCUAUAGUUCCAAAGCUGAACACAGAGAUGUGAAAGGAAACCCCACAAGGAGAAGCUACAAUUUAAAGAGCGUAGGUCAGGACUAUUCAGAAAUCAGCUUUGAUGACUCCCAGAAUUCCUUUUAUAGCAGCAUGCCGUAUGGACCAGCUGGUAUGGCAGGUAAUGAAGAGCUGAAGAGGGGUUCUAUAUAUCAGAGCUCAAAAGAAGUGAGGAAAAUGAAGAAAAUGGGAGAGUUUGAGAGCACAAAGCAGAUUGAAUUGUUGCGCAGUAGUGACACAUCUCUGUCCUUCCAAAUUGUCAACUCCCUGUCUCAGUCUAAUGAUUCAAGCUCUUAUGCACAACAGAAGAGAUCACCACUGACGUCCUCAACAACAGACCUGGGCACAACAUUGGAUAACCGAACCCACAUGGAACUGAAUUCUAAGGAUUGCCUGGACCUAUCCUUCCGUCUUUUCUCCUCCCCAGGUAAUGUUACUUGUAAGGAUGCCCUGUCAGAUAAUUUCUUUGAGAUCUGUCUAAAUACAGAGGACAGAAAACAUGAUUCUGCUGAGACAAUGGAAAUAGAUAUAGCGGAAAAACUGAAUUUGAGAUGUGAUCAGAGUGUUGGUCCUUUGAACAGUGGUCAUUGUCUCUUGGGAAGAGAUACAGUCCUUGCUCUGCAGAAGUCCACUUCAGCAAAGAUGGGAAUGUCCCAUUCUCGCUUUUGGUCUAAGAGUGAUCGCUCUAAAGCCAGCCCAAAGGUCCGGUUCAACCCCAUUAGAAGGAUGUUGGAUCCAAUCAUGAAGUCUAAAUCUCAACGGAGUCAACCAGUUUCAGUGGCAGAAUUUGGUGAUGUAACAACGGUAGGGUUAACAAGUAUUAGGAGGAACCAGACUGCCUGCAAAUCUUUGUUGAAUGAUUAUGCAAACAGUGUACAGAAGGAAGAGUCCGGUGCUCAUUUUGUCAAGAAAGAUAAGCACAGUUUGGGUGUGACCUCAUCACCUGCUCACUUGCAGGGCCUUCUUAAAUUGGAGUAUAAAAAUGGAGUUCCAUUUCUGGAGUUUUCACUGAAUAACCUAGAAGAUACCCUUGUGGCCAAAACAUGGAAAGGCCAUAAUGCUUUCAAUUGGGUCUAUACUUUCCACUCUUUGAACAAUAGAAGGAAGAGUAGCAGUGGAUUGGGUUCAAAAGAGAAACACAAAGAGGCCUCAAUGGUUGGUCAGAUGCAAGUUUCCUGUUACUUGUGUUCUGAAAUGCGAAAUUCUGGAGGCUUUGAUAAUUCUAUGGUGACAGAGUUUGUCUUGUAUGAUAUUGCACAUGCAAGGAAGAGCUUUGGUACACAAGACAGCCCCGACUGUCAAGCAGACCCCACUAAACCUCCCAAGGCUCCUUCCACUGGGGACUCAGAUAAGAGCUCUUCUAUGGAUUUGAAUGGUGUCUUAGAUCCUGCAAAGCUCAAACAUCAAGCAAAACCUGCUUGUAAUGAUUCAGAUGCUUCAACAAGUUACCCUUGGGCUCCUGCAGAUUUGCAUCCAUACCUUGAAGUUGCGGCAAUUGUCGUCCAAGUUCCAUUUCAAAAGAGGGAAAGCCUUAAAGACAAGGAAGGGGUUUGUGGAAAGGCAUCUCCAAACUUAUUUGAUUUAUCUUUAGUUGACCAGAGAAGUGAUGAUGCUCCCCACAACAUAAGUCCAGCAAAGGUGAAGGCUGUAACUUCAACUGGAACCCAUGGAUUGCCCAGUACAAAAGAUGGUGGGGGCCCUUCACCAUUAUUGGAUCGAUGGAGAUCAGGUGGAGGUUGCGAUUGUGGUGGCUGGGACAUGGCUUGCCCCCUUAUUGUCUUUGGAAAUGCCAGUAUCCCAAAUGUAGGACAUCAUCAUUUGGGGAACCGAAUGCCUUUGGAGCUCUUUGUUCAGGGAGCAAAAGAGAAGAUGCCAGCAUUGACCAUGAAUCUUAUUGAUGAGGGGCAGUAUUUGGUUGAUUUUCAUGCUCAGUUAUCCACGUUACAGGCUUUCUCAAUUUGUGUUGCUAUCUUGCAUAGUGCUGCAGACUGCACUGGAUCUGGGCAAGAGAGGACCAGACAAAGGUUGCAAUGCAAUUCAUUGAAGUUGCUGCUGGAAGAAGAAGUGAGAUUCUUGAUUGAAGCAGUUGCAGAGGAAGAGAAACGGAAAGCAACAAAGAAAUUGGAAGAAAUCCCCCCACCCCCAUCUUUUGUGGUCAACCCACCCUUUUCUCCAAUUGCACGAGUGUAGAUUUAAGCUGAAUUGCUUGGUGUUGGCCAGAGUUUGCUGGAGAAACUCAGCCCAAGUUAAGAAUGUGGGAUUUGCUGCCCAUAUUUGCAUGGACACUACCAUAGAUGAGCGACCCAUGUGUCCUAUCACAUUUGAGUGCAGCAUGCCAUGGUUGCGUGCGAUCAUGUUCAAGUACAGCAUUCUGUACCAAGUUGUGGUGGUGCCAUGAUCUCCGAGGAAAAGUUGAUCAUUGCCAGGAUCGCCAGAAAAGUUACACGCUCACCAUCUCCUGCGAAGAUGAAGUGCCAGUUCCUGCCAUUGGUGUGAGUAUUACUCCCAUGGAGAGGUUGAAAUCCAUCCUCUGUGAGUCUGGGUAUUAUUCAAUUCUUUGUACUAAUCUUUCAAUCAGAAUUUUAACAGAAUAGGAUCUUGCCUGUACUAUUUAAUAUAGAGAUGAGAAAAUGUGUAUAUACGGGUGAGAAUAUAACAUUUCUUUAAGCUGAGUCUACAGGGUUGGGUUUUUUUUCCAAUUGUAACACUAUCCAUUACUUACAUGAGAAAUAAGUUUUUUGUCAGAAGUUUCAGCCAUUGAUUUAA